CGGUUUGGUUGAACAGUUAAGAAAUGAAGAGAAAUUAGAAUAAAGAAAAGAAACGAAAAAAACCCUAAACCUCUCUCCCUUUCCCUCCCUUGUGUCUUCAACCGUGCAUUAGCCGCAGCCCUCUGAUCGUUUCAGUGCAGUCGCCGACCAAGCCCUUCCCCAUCGUUUUCUUCUUCCUCUUCCCUGUUUCGACCGUCAACUCACGUCGACCACGAGUCCGCCCUUGUAACAUUUCGGAACCAUGAGCAUCCCAGUUAACCCGAAGCCAUUUUUGAACAAUUUGACUGGAAAGACUGUGGUUGUUAAACUCAAGUGGGGAAUGGAGUACAAAGGAUUUCUUGUCUCGGUGGACUCGUACAUGAACUUGCAGCUUGCCAAUACUGAGGAAUAUAUCGACGGGCAGUUUACUGGGAGUCUUGGAGAAAUAUUGAUCAGGUGUAACAAUGUUCUUUAUCUUCGAGGAGUACCAGAGGAUGAAGAGAUAGAAGAUGCCGAGCGUGACUAGCAUGUAAAUCUUAGCAGCUUUUCGUUGUCGCAGUAACAGUGAAGUAUGUAGCUUUUCAGUCUUCUAGUUUUUCUUUCUUCUGUUGUGCUUAAUUUGUUUCUUUUGUUAUUGAUACUCUGUUUAUGCUGUCUCAAAGGUCGGGAACUUUCUUCUUUGGUUGAUUUCAAACCUGCAACAAUGGUAGAUUAAGUAUUCUUGACUCUCAAAGUAACAUCUAUUUUUCCGGGUAGCUUGAAUUGCUUUAGUUUUCUACAAAAGAAAUAGUUGAGCUUUUAAUAGUUUGUUCAUGCGGAAUGCAAAGGGUUGGAAUAUAUUUGUGACCUUGUACUUCUUAGAUUGGCCAAGUUUCAAAAUUUACAUGUCACGUUCAUCUAAUAGCAUGAAUAAUGUAUUAUCUACUUGUGUUUUUCCCA